UAAAAGAUCCCCAAACCAUGGUCAAGAAUCAUCUAAUAGGCACCAAAUCGAAACCCAACUGUAUAAAUAGUUGAACGUAUGAUUUUUGCUACCACGAUACAAAAAAACCUCCAAGUCAAAUCCUCUGGUUUUUGCAUUUGCAUGGCUGUGAAUGCAGCCUCUAUACUCAACCGUCUCCUUCAACACAAAACCCAUAAACCCCAAAACCAACCCAACAGCCUGAAAUCCGUAACCCAAUCAAUCCUCACUCACCUCAAGUCAGGUCGUCUUCAAAAAGCCGUUUCUGUAUUGUUUGCUUACCCUGAACCUUUCCCUCAUUCUCUUUACGCCCAUCUUUUCCACCUUUGUUCCGCAAAAGAUGCUAUUGUUGAAGCCCGAAAGCUUGAAUCCCACUUAGUCACCUUCUGCCCUUUGCCCCCAGUGUUCCUCUUGAACCGCGCUAUAGAAACCUAUGGGAAAUGCGGGUGUUUGGUUGACGCAAGGGAACUGUUUGAUGAAAUGCCUGAACGCGAUGGGGGUUCCUGGAAUACGAUGAUAACAGCGUAUGCACGAAAUGGGUUUCAAGAAAAGGCUUUGUGCUUGUUUUCGGAGAUGAAUAGGGAAGGAAUUUUGCCAAAUGAGAUCACAUUCGCUAGUGUUUUGGGCUCUUGCGGUGUUGUUUUAGAGCUUGGCCUUUCGAGGCAAAUUCACGCAAUGGUUGUGAAGUAUGGUUACUCUAACAAUGUUGUUUUGGGGAGUUCACUUGUUGAUGUUUAUGGGAAGUGUGGAGUUAUAAGUGAUGCAAGGCGGAUUUUUGAUCAGAUUGAGAAUCCAAAUGAUGUUUCGUGGAAUGUGAUUGUUAGGCGGUAUCUUGAGAUAGGGGAUGGAAAAGAGGCAGUAUCUAUGUUUUUUAGGGUGUUUCGAGGAGAUGUUAGACCUUUGAAUUUUACAUUCUCUAAUGCCCUUGUUGCUUGUUCAAGCAUGUCUGCACUUAAGGAAGGGAUGCAAAUUCAUGGAGUUGUGUUUAAGAUUAACUUUGAGAAGGAUAAAGUUGUUUCCAGUUCGCUUAUUGGUAUGUAUGUGAAAUGUGGGAGAUUAGAGAGUGCUCGUAUGAUAUUUGACCAACUUGGUUCCAAGGAUUUGAUUUCUUGGACUGCAAUUAUGUCAGGGUAUGCUAUGUGUGGGAGAACUAGAGAGGCAAGGGAACUCUUUAAUAUGAUGCCUGAACGAAAUGUAAUCUCAUGGAAUGCAAUGCUGGCAGGGUAUACUCAUUUGUUUCAAUGGGAAGAUGCCUUGGAGUUCGUUUUUCUUAUGCGCAGAAUGACUAAAGAAAUUGACCAUGUGACUCUUGUGUUAGUUUUAAAUAUCUGUGCUGGCAUUUCAGAUGUUGAAAUGGGGAAACAGGUUCAUGGAUUUAUCUACCGACAUGGGUUCUGUUCCAAUAUCUUUGUUGGUAAUGCUCUUCUCGACAUGUAUGGCAAAUGUGGGACCUUGAACAGUGCCAGAGUUUGGUUUUACCAAAUGAGUCAGGAGAGAGAUACGGUUUCUUGGAAUGCUUUGUUGACUAGCUACGCUCGGCAUCAUCGGAGUGAGCAGGCUAUGACAUUUUUUAAUGAGAUGCAAUGGGAGUCAAGACCAUGCAAAUUUACAUUUGGAACCCUUCUGGCAGCUUGUGCAAAUAUGUUUGCACUUAAUCAUGGCAAACAAAUCCAUGGAUUCAUGAUUAGAAAUGGUUAUGAGCUGGAUAUGGUGAUCAGAGGAGCUUUGGUCGACAUGUAUUGUAAAUGUCGUUGUGUUUUAUAUGCUCUCGCGAUUUUCAAAGAGGCAGCUUUACGUGAUGUGGUUCUUUGGAACACCAUGAUUUUUGGAUGUUGUCACAACGGAAGGGGCAGAGAGGUACUUGAAUUGGUUGGCUUGAUGGAGGAGGAAGGUGUCAAACCAGACCAUGUCACCUUUCAAGGUAUUCUGCUUGCGUGCAUAUGUGAGCAUGAAGCUGAGCUGGGUAAGCAAUAUUUUAAUUCAAUGAGCAAUGACUAUUGCAUUAUACCCCGGUUGGAGCACUAUGAUUGUAUGAUUGAAAUCUACAGCCGGUGUGGGUGCAUGGAGGAGCUCGAGAAAUUUAUUAAGAGUUUGCCAUUUGAGCCAACCGUUGCAAUGUUGACUAGAGUCUUCGAUGCAUGCGAAAAGCAUGGUGCUGUGAGGUUUGGAGAAUGGGCCGCUGAGCAACAUAAUCAAUUGAAUCCAUCUACCCCACUAAGAUUUGAACUCAAGGACAGAAGGAAAAUAGGUAGGUAGGGAAUUGUUGACAGACACUAGUUGUGUUCUGCAGUUGCCUAGGCCAUAGGCAACUAGAAUGGGAAUCAGAGUACUCCAGAAAUGCCCUCAUGCAAGAAUGCCAAGGGUUAUUAUACAUCACGUGCGAGAACUCAACAAUGUGAAGUGGCAAACCCUGAAGUCAGUUACUCAUGUGACGACUGCUGUUAGACAGUAUAUUCAGACUGCUUGGCAAGUCACAAAUGGAAACAGAAUGCAUAAUGCCAAUUUUAGGAAAACAUGGAAGGAAUCUAAGCAUACAUUGUGCUGUUACCUGAACAUUAGAGCUCAGAUCUACUUCAGAAGCUGAAUUAAGAGCAACUACACAUGCUGAUUAGUAAGAGAUGCUCGGAGUGCAUUCAUGCACCUGGGACGAAAGUUAGAAAGGAAAUGUUUCAGCAGAACUAAUUCCUGCAGCAUAAAGUUCAAGUUCGUUGCAUGCUUCCUUGAUCAGAUGCUGCACUCCAAACUUUUGAAAUUAGAAGUCAGGCAUCAAGUUUUCGAGAACCAAAUUUUGUAGGCUCCUCUGUGCAUUCUUCAAUCCUUUAAUAGCUCUGUAUAGUCUUGUUAUUCACGUAAAUUGAAAUCUUCAUUCUUCAA